AGUGAAAUUCAGUAUCAUUCCUUCAAAAAAUGUCUUGAACAAUGUACUAAAUUCUCACGAUACUGUCUGUUUUCUCAUUUGAGGCAUUAUAGCUCUUCAAUGACCCUACACUGUGGCCAUCUUAUUUUCCUUUGUAUAGUAGGAGAACUCACAAAAACAUCCAACAUGUUCCUCUUACCAGCAUUUGUGGACGAGAAGUUUAAAUAACAAAGAGGUCAGGGCAGGACAGCUUUGUUAGUAGUGGGUUGUAAGAAAAUGAGGAUUGGAAAGGGCGGGGGAGUUUCACUCCAUGAGGGCCAAUCUGUUCCUCAAUACAAGCUGUGGGGAUGGAAAUGGAUGAAAGCCAAAAGUAUCCAAAUGACCAAUCAUCCACCUUAUUAAUCUUGAGCUCUGUCAAACUCACUUAAAUUUGCUCAUGAACGCAAGUGGAUUUGCAUCUGUAAUAACACUUUAUUUUGUGCCCCAACCCUUCUCUCUUCUCUCUACUGUACACCUCCCCUUCCUAUGCAAAUGUAAUCACCGCCCCCCUAUAAAAACACCUAUUCUGCCAUCCUCCCAACCAGGGGUCUACAUUCACUGAAGAGACACACUCCAGGAUUAGUUCUCUUCAUCUCCUGUGACAGGAUGACUGUAGUGCUCUGCCCUCAUUUUAUCCUUGGAAAGUUCUUAAAUACAGCCCCCCUACUCUUUCUCCUUUUGCUUGUUGGGCCUAGCAGCACAUUAGCGCUUGGUCCUGGCAGAGUAAGAGCAGGGCAAGGGGGGCGUCCGAGGGCUGAGGGUAGGGUGAGAUCUGGAGUAAAAGACAAUGGCAGGUCCCGGGCAAGUGUUGAUGGCUACACCGACAUGAAAAUUGGAGAUACACAUGAUUCUAAGGCAGGAGCUGCACCAGUAGAGGAUGAUGACGCAUGGGGGGACCCUGGUACUACCACAGGCUUCAGGUCCAUGCUUGCUAUAGGAGAAGGUGGACUGUGGGAGCCUCGCAGUUCCUCCCGCUGUGUACCUAUCCCGCCGGGAAUGGCUUUGUGCCAAAACAUCGGUUAUGAUACCAUGAGGAUGCCCAACUUGCUGGGCCAUGAGUCUCCUGCUGAAGCCGUGCAGCAGAGUGCCAGCUGGUUGCCUCUACUCGCAAGAGAGUGUCACCCUGAUGCCCGCAUCUUUCUCUGCUCUCUCUUUGCACCAAUUUGCCUUGACAGGUUUAUAUCCCCCUGUAAAAGUUUGUGUGAAUCCGUACGGGACAGCUGUGCACCCAUCAUGAGCUGUUACGGCUACCCCUGGCCAGAAAUUCUGCGCUGUGACCAGUAUCCUGCAGACCAUCUCUUGUGUAUCUCCUCUAUCACUAACAGCACAGCUCAGACAGUGGGCCGUGUAGUGCCUCAAGCAAGCUGUCGUGAUUGUGAGCUGCAGGACGCCUCCUCUUCAAAAGAUACACUGGAGACCUUUUGUAGGAGUGACUUUGUUGUGAAAUUGCGUCUCACACGCCUCAAGUACAGUCCAGUAAGUCUGUCUCAGUUCUCGCUGGCUGCCAAACUGGAUGUCUUGAAGCACGGACCACUGUUAGGUGGGCAGAUCCGUUCCCGCAUUGAGCUGUGGCUAGAGAGAGAUGCCACCUGCGUCAGAAACAUGACAAGGCACAACCCACGAGGCGGGACUUUCCUUGUGACAGGCUUGGUGCAGGGGGAGCGCCUGGUGGUGAAUAAAGUUUACGCGUGGCAUAGACGAGACAAGAACCUGAUGGCAGCUGCGCGCAAAUGGAAACAUUACAGAUGCAGGAACUAGGCUCAUGUGUUAUGUUAGAAGAGACAAAAGAACUGAGAUGUAACAAGAACAGCUACUCAUAGGGGAAGGAUAGACAUAGUAUUUAGAAUGUUUCUAAAUACCUCUUCCUGUAAGCUAACCUCGGUCUACUCCGAUCCUGUCUAAACGUCAGUGGUUAUAGAAGGGAUACAAGCAGUCAGCUGUUUAAAAAGUGCCUCAUAGAGCACCAACACUGCAUGUCGCAGACAGAGGAUGUGGAAGAAUUAAAGACGUGUAAUAGAGAGUGUAAAUAUCUGUGUAUUUUAAGUAAAUAUUGCUGGUUUAUAUAUUU